AUGCUGAUUUUUCAUAUAUGGUAUAUGUAUUUAAAAGAAUUUAGAUAUAUGUUUUAGAAGACAACAUUUUAGGUACAAUAUUGCUGUUUUAAAUUAUUAAUACUUGGAAAGAAGAAAGGAAGAAGAAUAAGAAAAUCUAAAAUAAUAGUGAACAGUCAACUUGUGAAGAAAUAAAAUAUGAUUAAAUCUGA